AUGUCUGACAUCGGAGUCUCAGAAUACGUGAUCCUGAACGAGGUCCUCCCGAGUCAUGAUUCUCCCGAAAACAAAGGCAACCCAGACCUAGAGCUGCCGGUUGUACCAGGACAUGCUGUUCUGUUCAAAGGAUCAGAGUUCGCAGCCUCAAAUGUCUCCAUUCCGAGCUCGACACAGCAGGAACGGGCAAACAAUUCGGAAAGCCUCUCAGAGAAAGAACAGGAAACAAUGUCUGCUCUGGCCGCCUCGAUUGCACAAACAAAGGUUACAGGAUGCUCGAACGCUUCUGCGCCAGCAAUACAAUCAGGUACCGCCAAACAAGGAAUCGAUUCCCACCCCACAAGAAUCGCUGAGCAAGACCAGGGCUCUCUUGGAGACUGGAGAACCGAGGAGCAAAGCGAUGAACAGUCAUAUACCAGCAUUUUGUGGCAAGCCGAUAUCGAUCGCCAUGUCCAGCACCUAGACGCUGUCAGAGCAGCCUUCCAGAAUCUGGACAUUGAGAUGCGGAACUGGAAAAUGGGCAGACGCACGGAAAGCAAUAUCAUGCCCCCUGCCGUCGGAGUAUGCAUAAAUACCUUCUUUCGGCAUUGCGACUCCUAUCGGCAGACGAUAUCUAUCUCUGACAUUGAUGCCCCUGGCCCUCUGAAAGAUCUCGAUUUAGCCGAGAGGACAGAUCAACCGCUCUUCCAGAGGGAGAGAAGUGAGACCGCUCCGGGAACAAUAGAUACCUCCCAUAUGGAGGGUGAUUGGAAAAACGAGUACCUCCAAGUCGUGGAAGAGAUUGAAGAGAUAGAGCAGCAGGAGGAGGAAGUGAGAGUAGAGCUCCACCAACUGCAGUUUCAAGGGGAAGACGAGACUGAUCCAGACGUCACCUCUGAAAGAGAAGCCCUGAACCGCCGUCAGCAGGAACUCCAGCAUCAACACGGACUCGCUGUAUUACGCUAUCAGAACCUGUAUGCUCUAGAACUCAGCGCCGACGAAGCCGACAGCGACUAUUUUACAGCUCCAUCAAGGCAGCAACACUCUGAAUAUGAGCUCGUCCCACUGCGAUCAGGACCUCGCGUUGAAGAAGUUUCAGCUUCUGGCUGGAAAGUUUAUUCAGACACUAGAUCUGAGCCUGUCGGCGCGUCUACUAUGUCUCGAUAUGACAUGGAACCUUCGGAUGCUCAAAACAUUCUCAGAGAAGGGGCAUCUGUGAGCGACCUCCGGAGAAGGAAGAGGGAAUUAUUCGAUGACAUGGAAUUCUGCGAUAUGCUUAUAAAAGAUAAGCGCCACGAGUAUGAACAGAUCAAGAGUGAAGAGGAUAAGAGAAAGAAAGCGAAGUACCCCAUGCCGGAAGAAGAUGUCCGGUUCCUGGAGACCUACGAUCAGAAGAUGAUAAGCCUUAGGAAAAAGUGGGAGACGGACAAAAGAGCAGUCGAACAGAUCGACGAGCAGUUGAUGGCAUGGCAAAAUCAAACUCCCUGA